CGAAAGUUUUUCAAUUGUAAUCUAGGAAUAACCGCUAAUAUAUAAUACAAGCGUUGCAUUCUUUACACUUGAUAAAGUAAGGUUUUAGUGGCCCCAUUCAUUGGAGAAAUUGGGCACUGGCGGAUCUUUGCUCUCCUUAUGCUGGUUCGACGAUGCCACACAAUUAGUCGCUGGCAGUGGUAGUGGCCAGGUUAUCCACGCUCAGAUAGUUGGCAGGACCGUCGAAAGUGGUGGACUGGAAGUCGUGCAAACGAAGAGAAACAUGCUAGAAGUCAGAGAUCUCAACGUAGAUCUUGCACAAGAAACUUUGGAGACAAGGGAUAGAAUAACACACACUUCCUUAGCCCACAAUCAGCUAAUUGUUGUAACCACAUCGCAGCUGUACAUUUACAGCUCGAAAAACUGGAACACGCCGGUCAUUGUUGACAUAAAAGACAAAACCACAGCCCUUGUCCAACAAUCCAGCAGACUGUUCCUUGUUUCUGAUGGCCAAACCGUUCUGGUAUUCAAUUAUGACGGCAGAAGUCUUUGUGAGGUGAAGGUGCCUGGAAACGGUACCAGUAACAUUAGUGAAAAGACCAUAGCUCUAUCAAAUGAUGUGCUCGCAAUCAGAGAUCGAGGGGAAACUUCAACUAUCUGCUUUUUUGAUCCGACAUCCGGUAGAGCACUUGGAGACGAGAAGAUAGUUCACGAGUAUUUGCAUAGGACGACGACUGUAAUUAUUGAUUUGAAGCGUGAAGUCAUGGAAAUGACAUUAUCGCAAUGUGGAAAACUCAAUGAAAGGAUUCUGGCAUUUCGUGACAGUGAUGCAGCAGUAUUGGCUGCCAGAGUGAAAACCUAUGGUAUUGCUCAAAGGAUAGCAAGAAUCGGUUCUUCUGUGGAGCAUCUUCACUUCAACAAUACAACGAAUAUGCUGGCAGCAGUAGGCGAAGGGCGAGUCCUUGUGUGGCCUGCUAUAGAAAUAGCAUUUAUCGACAGAACGCUUUUACAACAAUCAAUCAUAGAAAAACCAGUACCUGCCCUCGGGAAAUUCCCUAUUUUACGCAGUUUUAAUGACAAUGUGGUAAGUCUGCGCCGAUCCGACGGCUCUAUAGUAACCACUACGAUACCUCCAUUCGCUGAGGCUCUGCUGAAGCAUACAGCAAAUUCCAAAUGGGAUCAAGCUAUUCGUCUUUGUCGCCAUAUCAAAAGUGAGGUUACCUGGGCCAUGCUGGCCGGUCUGGCUACUGCAGCGCAAAAUACCUAUGCGGCUGAGAUUGCCUAUGGGGCUUUAGAAGAGGCAGAAAAAGUCCAAAUGUUAGCAGAAGCAAGAACACAUCCAAACAAAGAAGUACGCAGUGCAAUGAUGGUUCUUUUGGCUGGAAAGGUCCCGGAGGCAGAUAAUUUGUUGGAAAAAGGAGGAAAUAUCUAUCGAGCUGUGAUGCUAAACAUAAUCAUGAUGCGAUGGUCUCGCGCUCUUGAUAUCGCACUGAAACACAACGCCUACUUGGAAGUGGUUAUGGGUUAUCGUCAACGGUAUUUGGAGAAGCUUGGGAGAGAGGAGACUGAUGAAAAGUUUAUCCGUCAAAGGGGGAAGGUGGAGAUCGAUUUCAAUCACAUUCGAGAGGUGAUGGCCGAAGCCGAAGCUGCGGAAGAAGUGAACAAAUAA